CAAACAAUUAUUAAAAUUUCUCAUUCAUUUUGGAUACAUGAAUAUUUUUUUUUUGCCAGUGAUUAUUACAAUCAAAAUAAUGAUGAUGAAAUUGUUUCAAAUAACAUUUGUUGUAUUUAUCUUUUGUCAAUCAAUAUUGGCCGAUGAUCAAGCACCAAUUGUUGAUACAAAAAAUGGAAAAAUUCGUGGCUAUACAACAACAUUACAAUAUAAUGAUGUCAAAUUAUUCGUUUAUGAAGGUAUUCCAUAUGGAAAACCACCUGUUGGUGAACGAAGAUUUCUUCCAUCCGAACCGAUUGAUAAAUGGGAUGGUAUUUAUAAUGCACAUGGUUAUCGUAAUGCAUGUAUGCAUUCAAUGCUAAUUGUACCGGAUAAUGAAAUUCCUGAAACCAAACAUCAAUCAGAAGAUUGUCUAUUUUUAAGUGUAUAUCGUCCGGCUAAAAAAACCGAUGAAAAAUUACCGGUUAUGUAUUGGAUUCAUGGCGGUGGAUUUGAAACUGGUACAAUAUUUUCUAUUGCAUAUGAUCCAUCAUAUUUAGCUGGUGUUGGUAAUGUUAUUGUUGUUGCUGUUAAUUAUCGUUUGGCUGCAUUUGGUUUCUUGUAUGCUGAUGAUGAAGAUGCACCAGGUAAUGCUGGACUUUAUGAUCAACUUCUUGGCCUAAAAUGGACACGUGAUAAUAUUGAACAAUUUGGCGGUGAUCCUGAUCAGAUUACAAUUUUUGGUGAAUCAGCUGGUAGUAUGAGUGUAUCAUCACAUUUAUUGUCACCAUUAACCAAAGGACUAUUUAAACGUGCUAUAAUGCAAUCCGGUACAGUAAAUUCAUGGAUGGGUUCAAAUAGUAAAACGGAAUCAUUGAAAAAAACUAAAAUGUUGGCAAAUGCAUUACAUUGUUCAACUGAUGAUGUUAAACAAAUGCUCAAAUGUAUGCGUAAUGCAUCGGCCGAAGCAAUUGUCGAAAGUAAUAAAUAUGGUCGAAAUGUUGGUUUAGUAUUAACCCCAGUUCAUGAUUCUGAAUAUAUACCGAAAAAUCCAAUCGAAGCAGUAAAAAAUGGUGAAUUUCAUCGUGAAAUUGAACUCCUGUUUGGUGUUAAUCGUAAUGAAGGAACUGUUUUUGCUGCAGCAAUAUUUCCAAAAUUACUUUCACCAACAAUCAAAAAUCCACAAUUUACACGGAUGCAUGCACAAACAUUGAUUGAAUUAUUAUUUGGUAUUUUUAAAAUUAGUGAUCCAAAAGCAGUUGCUGAAUUUUAUCUGAAAAAUGUUUCUGAUUCUGAUGUCGAUGGAUUACGCGGUGCUGUCGGUGCAGCUUUCGGUGAUUAUCAUCUUACUUGUCCAUCAAUAUUUUUUGGUGAAACUUUUGCUAAACAUAGUGAUUCGAACAAUGUAUUUGGCUAUCAUUUAGUACAUAAACCAUCAAUGUCAGGAUUACUUGAAUGUGUUGGAUAUAUGGGUGUUUGUCAUGCUGAUGAUUUGGUAUUUUUAUUUGGUUUUCCUAUCGAAUUACGUGGUACAGUUUAUUCGGAAGAAGAUUAUUAUCUUUCUCUUGAUAUGAUUAAUGCAUGGUCAAAUUUUGCACGUUAUGGUCAACCAGGUAAAUUUGCUGGAAUGGAAUGGCAACCAACAUUGCCUACGAAAUCAUCAAAUUCUAGUGCUAGAGUUUUGCAAAUAGAUGUACGAGGUAAACAACAAAUGAUUGAUAAUCAUUUUGUUCCUGUAUGUGAAAAUUUCUGGCGUCAAAGAAUUUUUGUCUAAAAUAAUUUCACAUCAUUGAUUCUUGAAUAAAAUUACAAA